ACGGAGUUCUCUCCCCUCUCUUCUUCUCUAAUCUGACCCCAUCGAUUUGGGUGGUUGCGUUGCUUGGAGUUGGGAGGUGGAGUGGGAGAGGAGGAUCCGAGCGGGGAGGGUAUGGAGGAGAGCGAUUAGCGGUUGCCGAGUAGGGAGGAGGGGUAGUUCUUGAUCUUACUCGCGUUUGCCGGGCCUCGAAUUUGAGCGGGCAAAGGUUGUUUCUUUACCGGGAUUCUUGGGCGUGUGUUUUGGGUGAAUUUCGGGGGCUGCAAGUUGUUAUCCUCGUGGAUUUCUGUUUCGGGCGUUCAAUUUUUUUGUCGGAAUUUUUAAGCGGGAGCCAAUUUAGGGUGAUUUUUGUUUUUCUUUCUGUGUUGGGAGCAAUGAGUUUGGUUGGAUUCCAUGUUUGCCGCAUGAAGAUUUGAUGGUUGGUGACGCGCUUAAUUUCUCACCGGAUUAGAGAUUUUUUCCCCAGAAAGAGCCAUUUUUCUCGGUUGUGCUAGUCUGUCAAUCCAAUUAACUCGAACUCUGAAAGAAGAAACUUUCCCAAUUGGACCAGGAUUUUUGUGGUUGGCGUCUAAAGAAGUUUUUGGCUCGGCAGAUCCAAGAGAACGCCGAAUUUGCUCAACUUUUGGCCUGAUAGGGAGGUCCCCGAGCUUUUUUUUUCCUCGCGAGAAGCAAGGAUUUUUCUUUUUGCGCCAUGUCCAUGGCGUUGAGCCGCUUCACGCAAUGGCUGUGGCCGGGGGGCGCCGCGGCGCGGGUGUCCACCCACGAGCUCUCGAGCGCGGGGCUGACGAGCUCCUCCUUCCCGGACUUCCCCUCCGGCUUCCGGGAGCCCGACACCGUCACUUUCUACACCGGCGGCGGCGGCGGCGCGGGCGGCCGCCGCACGCGCCCGAGGAGGGUCAGGAACCGGCGCCGCAGCCGCGGGGAGUCCCGGGUCGACCGGGAGUACGACAUGGUCAUCGUGCCGUCUGACGGCGGCGGGUGCCUGUCCGGCUCAGACUCCGACGACUCCGACUGGUCCAUCGGCUGGCUCGAGCCCCAGGCGCCGGAGCUGCAGACGGACGGCGACCCCGAGAACUGCUUCGCCGUCCUCGUCCCAUGCUACCGCCACGGCCGCCAAGAGCAGCCUGGGAGGCGCGAGGGCAGGUUUCUGGGCGCCGGAGCCCUGGCCGACGGUGGCCUCUCUGACGAGAAGAAUUUUGUAGAGCAGUGGCUUUCUUCGCUCCAGAACUGAUAGCUCAGGCCUCCCCUAGCUACGUGUAAAUACUAAAUAGUAUCACUCCGUUUCGUUCUACUAAGUUUGUCUAGACGCAGAAUGUAUCGAUGAAGGAAGACAUGAAAAAACCCCCAAAAAAAGAAGCAAAACCAAAAAGAAAACAAUGAGCAGUGGGAUUCUGAAGCAGCACCGAAUGGGUAUGUCCUUCCUGAGGUUCCAAGGCUAUUCUACUCUUGCAAUGCAAGGCGAAUGCUGAACAGUACAAGCUGUGCGUCAUUGAAAAAAGAUUUUUGCCGUCCUGAUAUGUGCUGAGUGCUAACAUUGGAUUGAUAACAUGUAGAGAUGAACUGCUAUUCCAUUGGUAAAUUGUCCCACUUGCUUGGGGACCUCGAAUUCUACUGCCUGUACAUACUUUCUUGUAGUGUAUAUAGUCGGCGUAGAGCUGCGGUUGUGUGAUUCUUCGUUUGUGGUGCGUGUGCGUGUUAUUUCUUGUACAUUGGAACUGAAUCCCUUAUGAAUCAAUCAGUCUGCUGUAUAUAAAUCCUGUGAAAAUGUGAAUUUUGAUCUCU